AUGAUGGUCCUUAAGCAAGGCCGAAACGAUCGUCGAUUAUUUUUAACAAUGAAGACUACAAUUGGACAACCCCCAGCAAAUUGUGUUUGUUAUCCUCCUAAUCAUGGUCCUAGCCCUCCUCCUCCGGACAUAAAGACAUGUAACACUCGUGGUUGUAGUCGUGGUUCUAAUCCUUAUUGUUAUAUUUAUCCUCUUAAUUUGGGUCGUAAUAAUUAUUAUAAUUAUCGUGGCUGUAAUUGUCCUUAUUAUUCUUAUGAUCAUGUUAUUGAUAAUGGUGCUUAUUAUAAUUUUAAUGGUUUUCCUACUUUUUAUAAUUACACAACUUGUACUGAUUUUGGUAGUAAUGCUCGUGAUGCUCAUGGUAAUGUUCCUCCUGAUGGUAAUAAUGCUAUUGAUUGUUGCAAUUUUUGUUGCGAUCCUAAUGAUCCUACAACUAUAACUACAGAUGCAACCACAAUCACAACUACGGCUAUAACUACAGAUGCAACCACAAUCAUAACUACAGAUGCAACCACAAUCAUAACUACAACUACAAAUACAAAUACAACCACUAUCAGACCUACUAGUGGUUAUAAUAUUGUUGGUGUUACAAAACAUUUAAAAAUAUGGAUAACAAGUUUAAAAACAACCAAAAAUCGACGAUUAAGACAAGGUGGUAACUUUUUAAAUUAUUAUGCAUCAGCAUGUAUUCUUGCAAUGAAAACAGUCAGAAGAACUGACGAUGAUUAUAUGCAAGCAUUUUUUAAAGCAAUGAAAUGUAAUAUUAAUGUUUAUGAUGCAACGAAAAAAUUUUAUUCAUUUAUUACGAUCAAAGUUCGAACAGACAUGUUUUUCUUCGCUUUCCAACACUGGUCGAAAGCACUUGAUAUUUUUUUCAAGUAG